AUGAUGAACUCGUACUUCGAGCAGAGCGGCUUCUACAACAGCCAGGCGGGCAGCGCGGCGGAACAGGCCUACCGGUUCCCCCAGGGCCUGCUCGUGCCGCCGUACCCGCAGUCCACGGCCGCCGCGGCCGCAGCGGCCGCCGCAGCCGCCGCCGCCAGAGUCGCGUCUUCGCACGACACGGCCGCCGCCGGGGCCCCAACGGCCUACGACGCGACGACAGCCGCAGCCGCUGCCUGCAAGCUGUACCCGAGCGUGAGCGACGCAAGCGGCGCCUUCAAGACGGAGUGCCUGGUCAAGGACCAGAAUGGGUUCGGCGGUGCCGUCAAGGACAUGGCCGCGGCCUGGCCCUCCACCUCGCUGUCGAGCGUGCGCUCGGCAGCCGACCAGAUGCGGUCCUUCGACGCCGCGGCCAGCACGCCUCGGGUGUCGGACGCCUGGACGUCCUGCUGCCAGAGUACCACCGCCGCCGCGGCCGCAGUCGCGCAGGCGCCCACCAACGCCUUCUACCCCUGGAUGGCCAUCGCAGGACUGAACAGCUACAUUGCACGUGCGAGCGGACUGCGUCGCCGAGGACGCCAGACGUACACCCGCUACCAGACCUUGGAGCUGGAAAAGGAGUUCCACACGAACCACUACCUGACCCGACGGCGGAGGAUCGAGAUGGCCCACGCGCUGUGCCUGACCGAGCGCCAGAUCAAGAUCUGGUUCCAAAACCGGCGCAUGAAGCUCAAGAAGGAGAUCCAAGCCAUCAAGGAGCUCAACGAGCAGGAGCGGCAAGCCCAGGCGGCCAAGGCGCAGCAGGCGGCGUCCGCAUCGCAGCCCUCGGCCGACUCCAAAACGUAA